CGACUGCAGCAGUCACAUUUUCUCUGCUGCGGGCAGCCCGAGUCCCUUACCCUUGCGCUGGCUGCCAGGGUGAACUGGGCCCAUGGAGAGACCAGUGAAGGAUGGGAUCCUUUAUGUGCAGCACACCAAAUUUGGAAAGAGGUCCUGGAGGAAGAUGCGAGCCCAGCUGUUUGCUGCCAGCCCGUCCGGCGUGGCCCGCAUGGAGAAGUUCGAUGUGCGGGAUGACGGCACCAUCCCGGAGAAGCUGUCCCUGCAGCGGAGUGCCCGCCGUGUCAUCCGCCUCUCUGACUGUGUCUCCGUGGGCCCGGCGGGCACAGAGAGCUGCCCCAAAGCCACUGCUGCCUUUUACCUCACCACCACGGAGAAGAGCUAUGUGCUGGCAGCUGAGCAGCGCGAUGAAUGGAUCACCCAGCUCUGCCAGCUGGCCUUCCAGGGUGCAAAAGAGACAGUGCUGAGUAGUGCCAGGACCCAGCCCAGCCCUGCUGUCCCCAUGGAGGAGAACUCCCUCUACUCGUCCUGGCAGGACCUGACUGAAUUCUUGGUGCUGGUGGUGCAGACAGACGCAGCCACCCGCUGCGGGCUGCACGGGCACUACCUGCUCUCAGCCCUGCCCCAGAGCCUGACGCUGAAGGACCCCCAGUCCCGCCAGCCCCUGCUCACCUGGCCCUACCCCUUCCUUCGCAAGUUUGGCCAGGAUCAGGCUGUCUUCUCCUUCGAGGCCGGCCGCCGCAGUGACUCCGGCGAGGGCACCUUCACUUUCAGCACGCCACGGGCCCCCGAGCUCUGCCGGGCUGUGGCUGCUGCCAUUGCCAGCCAGCAGCAGGGCAAGGACUCCCUGGACCCCAGACUCUUCUGUGUCUCAGAGCCCCAGCUCUUUACACAGGGCCUUGAGCCCCAGCCCUGGGGGCCCGGGAGUGAUGAUCCCCAGCCCAGCCCAGCCCUGGGGGGCACACAGCCUGCCUCCCACCCCCCUGCCAACCUCCUCCGCUUCACCCCACCAGAGCCAGAGGCCUCAUGCCCCAUCGUCUACGCCUCCAUCGCCCGGGGCCAGCAGCCCCUCUUUGUGUCAGGGCAGCCAGGCUCUGGGGAGCCCUGGGCCGUGGGGAAGCCGCUCCCUGAGCAUCUCUACGAGAACAUCUUCACUGCAGAACCACGUCCAGCCGGGGCCCAGGAAGAGGAGGAGGAAGGGCAGUGGGAGCUGGGGUGCCGACAGGCCCCCGAGGGCCACAGCAGUGAGGGGGGGCCCGUCUAUGACAACCGGGCCGCCAUGGCACCGACCCCCCGGGCCGCGGGCUGGGGGCGCGGAGGGCAGGAGGCGCUGUCAGGGCGCUCAGCGCACAAGCCUCACAGCACCCUUCGGGCCAAGCUGGUGCGGCUGCUGAGCCGGGAGAGCCCCGGAGCGCGGGACUGGGCUUGAUGCGGCCGGUGCCGGUGGG